AGGCCCUGGACCUUACAUUUGCUAUGACGCUAGGCACUCCGUAACAACUUAAUCUAUGUUAAAAUAGAAUUCGAGCACGUUUAGUUUUGGCAGUCUUUUUUGUAAGAAUAGUUUUACGAUGUUAGCCUAUUUUCCUAAAAGUAAAUACAUAUUAAAAUCGUUGUGCUGUUUACUUAAAACACAACAGAUGGAGUGAAACAAAAUACAUGGAAAGACAUGACCAAGUAGCAAGUAUCGUACACCCAUCAGAAGACUUAUAAAUCGUACCUAAUCCAAAACGAAGACACAUUAUACCAAUAUAAACCCAAUUUUGUAAAUGAACGAAGUCUUAACAUUAAAAUGUAUCGGGACAAGGGCACGCUAACAAAUAAAACAAUUCAACACAACAGGCCAGACCUAACAUUAAUUGACAAAAACAAUAAAACAAUUUACAUGAUCGACGUAGCCCCCAAAUAACCAAAGUACGAAGAAAAAAUCCAAGGAUAUGAACCACUGGCGCAAGAAAUCCGAUAAUUAUAGGAAACCGAUAGAGCUGACACUCUUGUACUACAUUAUAGUGGGAAAACGUGAAAGAACAUCAACUAGAAAAUCCUGGGAUGAACAAGCAAUGCUAAGUGCAAUUAACGCUGUAAAAGGUGGCCAAAUGAGGUGGCUGAAAGCAUCGAAAUUGUUCUCGAAUUGCAAUCGAAAUGUCUCCCAAGCCACAUUAAGGCGAAGAGCAAAUGACACAAACAAAAGAGCUAAGGGCUGUCAGAAAGUUUUGGGUCGGUUUCCAACCACAUUUAAUGAAGACGAAGAAAGAGGGUUAGUUGAGUAUACACUAUUACUUCAGUCUAGAUUGUUCGGGAUAACAACAACAGAUAUAAAGAAACUUGCGUAUGAGUUUCCCACUAAAAAUGGCAUCCCAAAUAGAUUUACAGAUCGUAGCGCUGGACGAGAGUGGCUGAGAGGAUUUCGUAUGCGACAUCCUGAAAUAUCUCUAAGGCUGCCUGAAGCUGUGUCUGCGGCUAGAGCCAUGGCAUUUAAUAGGCCACAAGUACAAAUUUUUUAAUACGUUGGAAAAUACCCUAAAAAAAGAAAAAAUUGAUGUGCAUCGGAUUUACAAUAUGGACGAAAGUGGUUAGUCCACAGUGCAAAGGCCUUCAAAAAUUUAUGCCAAAACUGGAAGAAAACAAGUAGGAUCAUUAACCAGUGCUGAAAGAGGUCAGCAUGUAACGUGUGUUUGCUGCAUGAAUAGUGUAGGUAAUUUUGUGCCACCUGCUUUGAUUUUCCCUAGGAAAAAUAGAAAGGAGGAACUUUUAGAUGCUUUACCUCCAGGUUCUUUAGGAUUAUUUAACGAGACUGGAUGGAUGACAUCUGAUUCCUUUGCUUUAUGGUUAAAGCAUUUUCAGACUUUUGUUAAAGCUUCUCCCGACUCAAAAGUUUUAUUACUUCUGGAUGGGCAUACUAGCCACAAAUCAUUAAAUGCCUUGACGUUUGCCAGAAGAAAUGGAAUAAUCCCUUUAUGCUUUCCUGCCCACUGUGCCCAUCGUAUGCAGCCCCUGGAUGUCAGCUUCUAUGGUCCACUAAAGACAUUUUAUAACCAGGAAUGUGCACUUUGGUUGAAAAACCAUCCAGGGAGAGUAAUAACACUACAUCAAAUUGGUGAACUGUUUACGUCCGCUUACGGGAAAGCAGCUACAAUUAAAAAUGCCACAAGCGCAUUUGUAAAUACGGAAAUUUAUCCAUUUAAUCUACAUAUUUUCCCAGACGAGUUUUUUGAGCCGGCCGAGACAACAAAUAGAUUAUUAGAACCGACCAUAGAAGAGGGAGCAUCCCAUCGCCCAGAACAACCAUCAACAAGCAAUGAAUAACAGUAAUUGGUGUUACAGAAGAAGCAAUGCGACAAAAACAAAGCAAAAGUGUCGAUAAAGAAAAUGAACCGAGAGGUGAUCAGACAGAAAGCAAUAUAAAACAAAAUCAACCAUUAAGGAAAAGGUUUUCUCUACAGGAAAUUUCGCCAGUGCCUGUAGCAAGAGGAACCAAAAAAAGAAAGACCAGACAAACUAUAACCGGAGUCUUAACAACUACUCCCAAUUUAGAAGAGUUAAAGCUAAAGGAAGAAAAGAAAUUGCGAAAAAAUGUGCGUCAAUUUAAAAAGAACCUUUCAGGUGAGACAAGUUUUGUUGCACGAAGCGAAAGUGAA